AAAUCAACUCUAAAUUCUAUUUUUAUGAACCAAUGAAAUGAAUUAUCUAUUUAUACUUGCCAAUGAUGCGAUCCAUUUUAUAAAUAGAUAGUCUAUUUUUAACUCUAAUGUUUAUAUAUAAAACUGAAAGUAACUUGGUUAAACAGAAAUGUUAAUAAGCAUUUUGUGGUAGUAGCUUAAAAAUUAAGGAAUAAGAAAACAUGGCCACCUGUUCAGUUGAUGUGUAUAUCAAACUUCCUAGCGGUAAAGCAAUCUCAUCGCAACAUUUACCGUCGGACACCGUGCGCCAAGUGGCUGCACAUGUUGCCAAGGGUGAGGGUGUCGCUGAAGGAAGGCUUCGCUUAAAGUACCAGGGGAAAAUACUUGACAAAUCAAAAACGAUUGGAUAUUUGGGGAUUCGUGAAGAAACCAUAUUGAAGGCUGAGAUCGUUUUCCCAAAAGACAUUGGUAUUAUGGUGAACUUUCCUGAUGGCCGGUGCGACCCCUUAACACUUAAAAACACAGACACCGUCCUUACAUUGAAACAUAGGAUAGAUGAAGCGACUGGGAUCUCGCCUUCUACACAGAUACUAAAGACUUCCACUGGACAGAAAAUCAGCGGAGAUUCAAACUUGUUGUGUGAUGUAGGGGUGACUGACGAUACGGUUAUCACCGUGCAGGAAUAUACUCCAGUGAAAUCUUCUCAGUCAGAUGGCAAUAAUUCGGACAUUACAGAAGAAGUUGACGAAGAGAAAAAACAGGAUUUAAUCAACACCUUUAAUACUGGCGGAAGAAACGUCGAAGUUGUUUUCUGCUUUGAUACAACGGGCAGUAUGUACAGUUGUUUGACAACGGUUAGAACGAAACUGCGUGAGACAUGCACACGGUUAUUAAGUGAUAUCCCAAACAUGCGUAUAGGAAUCAUGGCCAAUGGUGAUUUCUGCGAUUUUGAUAAGUAUGUGGUUACUUCCGUCGAUUUAACGAGUGAUACUGAGACGGUAGUGAACUUUGUCAAUGGAGUAGGGUCGACAGGAGGUGGGGGUAAUGGAGGGGAGGCAUAUGAGUGGGCCUUACGUAAAGCUCAGCAGCUAGAUUGGUCUGAAGACAGCGCUAAAGCAUUCGUAAUGAUCGGUGAUGAAAUACCCCACCCACCUUCUUAUACAGAUCAGAACCUAUUUUGGCGGGACGAACUUGAUGUUUUAGCUGGCAUGGGUGUCAAGGUAUAUGGAGUACAGGCAUUGAACCAGAAUGUGUCAACACCAUUUUAUGAGGAGCUAGCCGAGCGCUCUAAUGGCUUUUACCUUAAACUGAAAGACUUUAACUUAAUUACGGAUAUGUUUUUAGCAGUAUGUUACCGAGAAGCAGACGAAGGUCAGGAAAAUGGUGAUCAGGGUCAGUUAGACGCUUUUGCAGAAGAAGUGGAAAAGGAAGGACGUAUGACAGAAAAUACUAAACAGUUUCUUGAAAAGUUGAAGGAGGAAAAACCGAAAGAAUCGCAAUCUAAGGCUUCAGAAAACAAAAAACGAUAUGUAGCUCAAGAAUGGUGGGAUCCAAAUGUAAAGAAAGAUUUCAGUACACCUCAAUAUAAGUAUGUUCAAGAAACAGAUUCAUGGCUACCAUAUCAUUAUUCUGAGACGUCAACAAACAGUGCUAUAAACAUUGUACCUUAUACACCAACAACAACAACAACUAAACAGACAUCCAAACUGAGACAACUUUUUAGAAGAUUGUUACGAAAAAAAUGAACAGAAAUACAGCAAAGAAGUUUUCACUACAAUUUUGCGUACAGCAUGCGAAGAUCUUUGGACUCCAAUAUUUGGUGAUUCUCUCACUUGAUAAAAUGCAAAUAGCUAAAUUUGUGUUGUGGAUUUGUCCACCUUUGAAUUUGAAACAGGCCAUUCAAAUUUAAGGGGAUUUAAUAUUCAAAUUGCAAAAACUGAACAACCAAGUUUAGACCUGGUAAGACUUGCACACAAUUGUGCACACUGGUCAAACCUAAGCAUUAUCAGCUGGGCAGGGUUAGUGUAACCAAAAGGAGGUAUUAUAUCCA